AUGCAGGAAGAAAGGUCUGACGAUGUUUCUCAGAUUACAAAUUAUGUGGACCUAUGGCCUAUAUCAGCAAAAUUGAUAGAGCUGCAUGCCACUGGGGAAUUUGUAAAGGGGAUUACGCAGGAAAUGGUGGAGGACAUUCGAAUGAAGUAUGCAGUUGACAUCUACGAGGAGUUUGUAGAGCCACUGAGCAGUUGA